GGGCCGCCCAGCCCCAUGGCCCGUCCUUCCCGCUGCCCCCAUGGACCCCCCGGUGACCGUCCCUGUCCCUUUGUCCCCAUCCCUCGGGGACCGUCCCCGUCCCCGCAGUCGCUCGUCAUCCCCGAGAAGUUCCAGCACAUUCUGCGCGUGCUCAACACCAACAUCGACGGCCGGCGGAAGAUCGCCUUCGCCAUCACCGCCAUCAAGGGCGUGGGGCGCCGCUACGCCCAUGUGGUGCUGCGCAAGGCCGACAUCGACCUGACCAAGCGGGCGGGCGAGCUGACCGAGGACGAGGUGGAGCGCGUCAUCACCAUCAUGCAGAACCCGCGGCAGUACAAGAUCCCCGACUGGUUCCUCAACAGGCAGAAGGACGUCAAGGACGGCAAGUACAGCCAGGUGCUGGCCAACGGGCUGGACAACAAGCUGCGCGAGGACCUGGAGCGGCUGAAGAAGAUCCGGGCGCACCGGGGGCUGCGCCACUUCUGGGGGCUGCGCGUGCGAGGCCAGCACACCAAGACCACCGGGCGCCGCGGCCGCACUGUCGGCGUCUCUAAGAAGAAGUAGUUUUGCUGGGAAUAAAGUCACUUUUUGUCACCAGA